AAUAACAAAGCUUCGGAGUUACUUGACUUCAACCAUCGGAUCAACUCAUAUCUCCUAUCAAGAAACACAGACAGACUCACAUUGAUGACUAACGCCCAUGUGCUCACUCACGAUUACCUGAGUCGAUCUAAGUAUUGACACUACUUUAUCUUUUGAGCUCUGUUGGGACGUAAAUAAACUGGGCUCUGGGAGGGCUUUCCCCACAUAGCCAAGAUUACACCACGUUGCUCUAUUCCCAGUCCAUAGAAUCCUGGGUCCAUGGAAGACUAAGCCAUCUGCACAUUUCAAAAUACUCGUCCAUUUGUUUCCCUGUUCAGUUUGACUUCCCAGUGGCCAAAGUUGAUCAUGUCGUUUGAAAAGCACAAUACUCAAUUAUCAAAAGCCUUGUCUUGGCUGCUUCGACAUAACCUCCUGAGCCAAGGUCUGACUUGUUCCCCUGAAGGAUUUGUCGAUGUCGACUCCGUUCUAAGGCUGCCCAAGUUUCGUCAGUACACGGUGUCUCAAGUCCAAGAUGUGGUCCGACUCAACGAUAAGCAACGGUUCGCUCUGCGCACAGAUCCCCAUACUGGAGCCCUUCAAAUCCGGGCAAAUCAAGGUCACACCAUAGAGCACAUCAGUCCGGAUUUGAAGGCAAUCAAGGAUGCAACUUUGUUCCCUGUGGUAAUCCAUGGAACUUAUAUGAAGGCAUGGCCGCUAAUCCAAGCAGCAGGUGGAUUAAGUCGCAUGCGACGAAAUCAUAUCCACUUUGCACCGGGCCUUCCAGAUGGUACCUCCGUCAUUUCGGGUAUGCGGAAGAACUGCGACGUGCAUAUUUAUGUGGACUUGAAUCGGGCCCUUCAAGAUGGGUUUGAGUUUUUCGAAUCGGCCAACGGUGUAAUUCUUUGUCCGGGAAAUGAUGAGCGGGGGGUCCUCCCUUCGACGUAUUUCAAAAAAGUUAUUCAAGUAAAACAAGGGAAGGAAUACGAAUUAGAGCUGAACUAAAUCACCUGUCCAGCGACCAAGAGCAAUUCACGUUCAACACAUCAAUAUAGAUCAAUAACACUUCAACUUAUCCAACAUGCCUAUUCAACGGAAAGGAAUGCGAGCUCUUCAAAUCUGGUGUGACAGAGUCACCAAGGACUACAAGAACGUGCAGAUCAUUGAUUUGACCUCAUCGUUCAAGGAUGGGUUGGCGUUUUGCGCCAUCAUCCAUCAUUUCCGCCC